CUUCUCCUGCUCCGGAAGUGGCGGAGCUAAUGGGAGAUGCCCGCGGGCGGCGUAGGUGGUGCUGCGCCGCGGGAGCUCCUUCGACAUGGGCAAGAAGGAGCGAGAUAAGAAGAAAUCAAAGAAACGCCACUAUGAGGAGGAAGAGGAAGAAGAAUAUGACCUUACAGGCAAAGAAUCCCAAGAAGCAGUUCCAUCAGCUGCAGGGAAGCAAGUGGAAGAUUCGGGGACCAAAGUCGAUGAAUAUGGUGCAAAAGACUACAGGAACCAGAUGCUGCUCAAAGCUGACCAUUCCUCACGCCCGUUGUGGGUGGCUCCUGAUGGCCAUGUUUUCUUAGAAGCCUUUUCGCCUGUGUACAAGUAUGCCCAGGACUUUCUUGUUGCCAUUGCUGAGCCAGUUUGCCGGCCUACCCAUGUCCAUGAAUAUAAACUGACUGCUUACUCCCUCUAUGCUGCUGUCAGUGUGGGUUUGCAAACUAGUGAUAUCACUGAAUAUCUACAAAAGCUGAGUAAGACUGGGGUGCCAGAUGGGAUCAUUCAGUUUAUUAAGCUAUGUACUGUUAGUUAUGGAAAGGUGAAGCUGGUCCUGAAGCAUAACAGGUAUUUUGUAGAAAGCACCCAUCCUGAAGUCAUUCAACAACUUCUUCAGGACCAAGUUAUUAGGGAGUGUCGCCUGAGAAAUGCAGAGGGGGAAGAAACUGAGCUCAUAACAGAAACGUUCAAGAGCAAAUCAGCAAUUUUGAAGUCUGGUGAAAACAGCAGCUGUCCUUCAACUUCACAAGGGGCAGAUGCUCAGAAUAAACCAGAUGUUCCUGCUGACUUAUUUGAAUUUUAUGAGCAAAUGGACAAAGAUGAAGAAGAGGAAGAGGAAACUCAAACAGUAUCUUUUGAAGUGAAGCAGGUAAAUGCAUGAAUUUACUGAUACCUCACUAUCCUAAUCAAAGCAUAUGGAAUAUGAGCUAUUUAUAAAAUAAUAAAACAUUUUUGAUGGGAUGAGAUGUUAGACAAUUUAAAUAUUUUUUCCUUAAGUACUUUUGUGUCUCUAGGCUUAGUCCUCCUUUAAAUUUUAACUUCAGGCUACAGCUAAAACCUGUCUUAGUAGUGUUGUAUAAUCAUAGCAUAUGUCUAUUAAUCAAAAAGACUCUAGUUUCUGUGGUGAUGUGAAAAUUGAAGGCAGCAGAUUUAUGGAAUGGAGUGAAAGUAUGUUUAUAGUGUAUAACUCAGUUUAACAAAGUAAAGUAUAUUUAGUUAUUCCUGUGGUUUUUAUGCUGAUCUGGCUGACUCUAAGCAGCUCACAAAAGAUAGUAUGGCUGGCUUCCGGGUGAGGUUCCAUGGUGAACCAGACAUCCCUGAAGGAGCAGGAAUGGCAUUGCAGUGGAGAUCAGUGGCCAGACAGUGAAUUCUGUGAGAGAUCACGAGAUCACCUACCUGUACU